CUUGUUUCUAUCGUAUCUAGGCUGCUACAAUGGAGAAAAAGGUAGCCAGGGAAUUCAGGCAUAAGGUGGAUAUAUUAAUUGACAGUGAUGCAGAAAAGGACUAUCUUUAUGAUGUACUACGUAUGUACCACCAAUCCAUGGAUCUCCCUGUUCUGGUGGGAGAUCUAAAACUGGUGAUAAAUGAGCCAAGUCGUCUGCCAAUGUUUGAAGCUAUUCGGCCACUUAUUCCUCUGAAACACCAAGUUGAAUAUGACAGUCUGACACCAAAACGAUCUCGGAAACUAAAGGAGGUGCGUUUAGAUAGAACACAUCCUGAAGGACGCUUAAGUGUGCGAGGUGGAUUGGAGUUUAACUGCGGUCUCAUCUCUCAGUUAGUGAAAGGAGGACAAGCAGACAAUGUAGGCUUGCAGCUUGGAGAUGAGAUUGUUCGGAUAAAUGGCUACUCGAUAGAAUCUUGCACACAUGAGGAAGUGAUAAAUCUGAUCCGCACCAAAAAGACCGUGUCGCUGAAAGUUAGACAUGUUGGAAUGAUUCCUGUGAAAAGUUCUUCUGAGGAGUCUUUAAAGUGGCAGUUUGUGGACCAGUUUGUGUCAGAUGCUGGGGAUGGGAAGAUCAGUUUAGCUGGGCUGGCUUCACUGGGAAACAAGGAAAUAAGGGAAAAGAAGGUUUUUAUCAGCUUAGUUGGUGUAAAAGGCAUGGGAUGCAGCAUAUCCAGUGGCCCUACUCAGAAGCCAGGGAUCUUUAUCAGCAAUGUGAAACCAGGAUCAGUUUCUGCAGAGGUGGGCUUAGAGGUUGGAGAUCAAAUUGUUGAAGUGGAUGGAGUGGAUUUUACAAAUGUGGAUCACAAAGAGGCUGUCCGAAUACUGAAAAGUAGCAGGAGCCUGACAAUCAUUGUACUCACUGGUGCAGGGAAAGAACUAUUCCAGACAGAAGAGGAACGAAUGAAUGAAUAUUACCGACAUGAACGAGAACGUCAGGAAUUAAUGCAGCAGAAAAGGAUUGCGAUGGAAACCAACAAAAUUGUGAAGGAACAACAAGAGAAAGAGAGGCAAAGAAAGUUGGAAAUGUCACAGAAAACUGCUGAAGAACAAGAGAGAUUUCAAAAAGAAAUUGAACAGAUAGAAGCACAAGAGCAGAAGUUUAAAAAGGAAUGGGAUGAAGACUGGGGACAACAUGAACAACCCAAAAGUCCGAAGCCAGUUACUGCUGAUGUAAUUCCACAGCUGUCACCAAAAAGUGAAAAAGACAAAAAGGCUGAUGACCAUUCUCAAUUAACGGAUGAAUUGACAGAACCAUCUACGGAGCUGAUAAAUGAUCAGGGCUUCCAAAAAUAUGUGGAGGACUUUGAUCCUUAUUCCAUGUUCACAUCAGACCAGAUUGCAGGAAAAGAUGUUCGCCUCUUAAGAAUUAAAAAGGAGGGAUCAUUGGAUCUUGCAGUUGAGGGGGGCAUCAACUCUCCACUUGGGAAGAUCGUUGUAUCUGCUGUCUAUGAUGGGGGAGCUGCAGACAAACAUGGCGGAAUAGUGAAAGGAGAUCAAAUAAUGGCUGUCAAUGGGAAGAUCCUCAUUGAUGCUACCUUGCCUGAAGCUCAGACAACAUUGGCAAAGUCUUGGAAUAGCGGUGGUGACUGGAUAGAUCUGGUUAUAGCUGUGUCCCCACCGAAGGAAUAUGAAGAUGAAGUGACAUUCUUCUGAUAAGGAAGAUAUACUGUAUACGGUAUCAUAAGGACCACUUCGCCCAGAAUAAAAUCAUUCUUAUAAAGUCCAAUGUUUUAAUGUUCAAAAAUUAUAUUGAAGUUAACAGAUCAGACUAAUCUAAUAUAAUGGAGAUAACUACAAGUGAUGUAAAUAUUGAUACAUGUAGUAAAAAAUACAUAUUUCCCUAUCUGGAAUUAACAGGAAUAUAUAGUUGCAUUAUUAUGGACUUGCAUGUGCCUGUGUCAAAUUAAUUUUUAUUAGAAAUUAUAUUAGUAGGUUUAAACAAAGAAUGGAAGACUGUAUGGUUGGAACUACUUUUGUCAUGUUUUUCAAUGGAAUCUCUAUGUUCAUGCACUAAAGAGCUUAAAUCUGAAGUCCUUUAACACUGAUGACCAGUAAUGUGCUGAAUCUCAUGAACUUGUUAUAAUGUCUCACAAUAGUGUCAUAAAUCUGCUCUAUCUGUGCUCCCUUGAGAGUGAACUUGCAUGAUUAACUGGUUAAACUGCUGUAAAGUUGAGUGAAACAAUAUGAGAUAUCUGAUUUUGUGUCAUCCUCAAAGGCAUGUACCAGGUAAGAAAAGCACAGUUGAGUAUAAGGAGCAAAGAGCCAUCUCCAAGCCUGAAUAAUAAAGCUACUGUUGUAUUGUAGACCUAAAGUCCAGUGAGUUAAGAGACUUUAGCACUGCUUUGCAAAAGAAAUCACCCAUGAUUGCAGUACCUUAGUGCAAAUGUUAAAAGUGAUUUAGCAAAAUAAUUGUACUUGCACAUCUAUGUUUCAAGUAUGGCAUCUCAGUGCACCACAUUGGCAUGAGAGGACUAGAACGUUAAGGAUGAUUUUGUGAGCCAUACACUCCUGAAUUGCACAGUGGGAUGGGACUUCAGAGAUGUGGACUGCAGUCUUUUUUGGCUCAAGCCACUAGAUCAUUUAUUUGAAGUAAUUACACCAAUUUUCAAUCAUUAAUGGAAUGAUUCUUUGUAUAAUGUGUGAUCCAAAACAUUUCAUUGAGCAAUAAAGUGCAGGAGGAUAGAUUAUAAUGUAGUUAGUUAAUUAUAGAUAUAAAUGGCUGGUAAAUUCUACAUGUAAUUAAAUGGGUGUAUUUCUAAUUAAAUUUCAUUAAAGUUUCUAAUAAAUAAGUAUUACAAAUCUUCAGCAUAUAUAGCAAAUACAUUUAGCAAUGUUACAUUCGUUGUUGAAACUAUUGAUGUUAAAGCUGUAAUUUGUACAAAUGUUGGUUAGAAUCAUUUUUA